AUGACGACUUCAGACAAUCUAUGUGUCUCGCUCACCAGAUUUAUUCUUGCAUUGGUCAAGGAGCUCGCGCUCAGAAACAUACCAACUUCGACGAAUUUUCGACUUUUAAGAGAAGAAAAUCAUCGAUAUGGAGUCUUGCUGGACUUGCUGUGCGAGGGCGCCACAGAAACUCUUGAACAGACGUCUGAGCAAAAUCUGUUCCAUGAAAACUACGAAUGGCUGCUGUUACACGAAGGGUUCGAAACUUCUGAAGACAUCAAAGAUAACAAUUCACUCGCGGUGGAAAAUGAAAUCUUUGAGAUGAUGGGAGAUUUCAAUGUUUCAUUCAACAGCCGGGUCACAAUUCUUCAUCUCGAGGAGUCUGAGCACUCGUUCUACGAUCUCCAUAAAGUCGGUAACGGAACGGACCUCAUUUGCAGGUUCCCGGACCAAUUCAUCUUCACCGAUGAACUUUACGAUAUUCAUUUGGACAUUUUACCCAGACUCCAUUACUCGCUGCUCGUCAAUUUGAUCGAUCAACUCAACGUCACGAUCGAUCUGCGGUUCGUCUACGACUACGGCUGGAUAAACGAGUCGACGGGGCUGUUCGACGGGUACAUGGGGCUCUUCCAAGACGGCCAGAUCGAAAUUGGCACCAGCGGAGUGAUAAUGAGGGAAGACCGAUACCAAGUUAUUGAUUACACUGUUCAGAUAUACCCACUCGAAAGUGUCACAAUAUUUCGGCAGCCAUCCCUAGCCAGCGUUUCGAAUAUUUUCGCGCUCCCUUUCGCAACGUCUGUUUGGUUAAGUAUCCUGGGCUUCUGCUUGAUGGCAGCUGUUUUCUUCUACCAGCAACUAUUCGCGGGGCGUCGCUACGAUUUCGAACACGGCUACCCGCAUGCUGUUUCUCCCAUCGGCGUCGGCUUCCUCAUUUUGGGUAUUAUGUGUCAACAAGGUGUAUCGGAGACGCCAACCUCCCUCUCGAGCCGGUGCACGCUGUUGAUGACACUCAUCGCCUCGCUUUUAUGCUACACCACUUACUCGGCCCACAUUGUGGCGCUCCUCCAAAGCCCGAGUCACGUGAUUCAAAACGCAGAGGACCUCCUCCAAAGCCCCCUUUCCAUGGGGGUCGGCAACGCCACCAACUUCAACAGAAUAUACCUUCAGGAAUCAAAUGAGACGUUCAUCAAAGCGUUGUACGAUAUAAAAAUAAAACCUCAAGGGGAAGACGCUUACAGGGCGCCUGCUGAAGGUAUCGCCAAAGUUCGUACGGAACUCUACGCUUUCCAGUUGAUCACUCACUUUGCAUACAGACGGAUCAGCGACACCUACACCGAGGGCGAGAAAUGUGCGCUUCACGAGUUACACAUCUUGCCGUUCCCGAUUCUCGCGAUCCCGGUCAAGAAGUAUUCACCGUAUAAAGAAAUAGUCGGAGAGAAAGUGCUGUGGCAGCGGGAAACAGGAGUUACUAGCAGGAUCGGGAACUUGUGGAUACCGCCGAAGCCCAACUGCGAUGCAAAAGUGGGAGCCGAAUUCGCGAGCGUUAAACUCAGCGAGUUCUUAUUCCCUCUCAAGCUCAUCGGCACGGGAUUCCUUCUCGCCAUUUUCAUAUUUCUACUUGAGCUCAUUUAUCAUCAGCAUUUUGAUGGCAGUCUUGAGAGGAAUACCUUAUCGCAAGAGAAUCUUAUCAGAAUCCAUGGAGAUCAACAGGACAGCAAUUUAAAAGGUUUCUCGUUUGGGCGGAAAAGAGCUUGGGCCUCGUAA